CGACCUUGGCCACCCAGCUCUCCACCGCUCACACUCUUCUUGCGACUGCUUCUGCACCCAGCUGACUCCCCUGCCAACACAACGCUCCCUGCUUAGACGGUUUCAUCACCGUCCUCCUGUCGGGUUGGCAGAAAGCUGACCUCCUACGAGGGCAGGGCACCAAAGAGAAUCCUUAUGUGGGAGGCACAGCUGAAUGGUUGGCAGUGGCCAUUUUGUGGCAUGCCCCAGAAUAGCCUGCAUCCCAUUGGGUUGGACAGGGGGGCUCAAGUCGGUCUCGGGAUGCCUGCAGUCCGGGACACCAACUUGAGUUUCGGUUCGGAUUGGUCUCUGGUCUGAAUUGAAACUCGGUUCUUCUAGUCCGAUGGGCAGCUGAGUCAGCCUCCGCGAGGGCGGGGCGGUCACCAGGACGACGCCAAUCCUAGGCCGCGCCGGCUGGUGGGUGGUGAUGAGUCCUGGGUCCCCGGACUCUUCGAGGCGGAAGCGCUCGCUCCAGUCAUGUUUUUUGGCGCUUUCUGGUUGUUGCUGCUGCUGCUGCUGCCGCCGCUGCGCCCCCCGGGAGCGCAGGGCCACCGCGGUGCCAAGAGCCCGGAGCAGGAGGCCGACGAGCCCACCCCUUGGCCAAGCAUCCAACGCCUGCGGGAGCAGCUGAGGACGGCCGGGACCCUGUCCAAACGGUACUGGGCGCUCUUCAGCUGCACCUUGUGGCCGGAUCACUGUGAAGAUCAGGAGACCCCCGUGCCGCCUCUGGGCUGGAGCCUUCCUCUGUGGGGCCGGCGGUCGCUGGAUGUGCUCACUUCAUGGUUCUGCCGCUUUCAGGACUGCUGCAGCGCGGGAAACUGCAGGAUCUCCAACAACUUCACAGGCUUGGAAUCAGACCUUCGUGUGCGACUGCAUGGCCAGCAUCUCGCUAGCAAGCUGGUCCUGGAAGCAGUGAAGGGCUACUUAGAGAUGCCCCACGUUGGCAAAGCUCUGGCUCUGUCAUUCCACGGCUGGUCUGGCACAGGCAAGAACUUCGUGGCACGGAUGCUGGUGGACAACCUGUAUCGGGAUGGAAUGAGGAGUGACUGUGUCAAGAUGUUUAUCUCUACCUUCCAUUUUCCACACCCCAAGUAUGUGGACUUCUAUAAGGAGGACUUGCAGAAGCAGAUGCAGGAGACGCAGCGGCGCUGUCAACAGAGCACGUUCAUCUUUGACGAAACGGAGAAGCUGCACCCGGGGCUACUGGAGCUGCUUGAACCCUACCUGGAACCAAGGAGCCCCGAGACCCAUGGAGCUGAGCUGCCCAGAGCCAUCUUCCUCUUUCUCAGUAACCUUGGGGGCAGUGUCAUCAAUGAGGUGGUCCUAGGUUUGCUCAAGGCUGGAUGGUCCAGGGAGGAAAUUACGAUGCAGCACUUGGAGAUGCCCCUUCAGGCUGAGAUCAUAAAGUCUGCAGACAGCAGCUUUGGCUCCAGCCGUCUCCUGAAGAAACACCUUAUUGAUCUCUUUAUCCCCUUCCUGCCACUGGAGUACCGCCAUGUGAGGCUGUGUGUCCGAGAUGCCUUCCUGGGCCAGGAUCUCCCAUACACAGAAGAGGCCCUGGAUGAAAUUGCCAAGAUGAUGACAUACGUCCCCGAGGAAGAGCAGCUUUUCUCCUCUCAGGGUUGCAAAUCCAUUUCCCAGAGAAUCAACCUUGUCUUGCCUUGAGAGUGACUCCUUUGCUCCCGGAACAGUCUUCCUCUUCCAUCAGCCAGGUGCCCCAGUGUCCAGCAACCACUGCUUCCAGCUAGUGUGCAGAAGGGCAGCUCCUAAAAACCACUUGGUGCCUUAAAAACCCACAUUCUAGACUGAGGUCAGGAAGCCAGUGGAAGGUCCAGGCACCAGAGUCCUCAGAACACUCCCUACAGUCUCUUGGCACCAUAGUUCUUCCUGGAAGGCCGAUGGAAUGGAGUAUGAGCCUGAGGCUACAGAACAAGGAAGAUGAAAGAUGUGUGGACCAGCAGGAGUGUGGCUCUGGUCUGCAGGUUUGGCUGGCUCUCCGGGCUAGGGAGAGGGGCAGCUUCUGCAUGUGAGCGGACCAGCAAAGGGCCUUAGUCUAAAGAGAACACCUUUCAAAACAUGAUGGGUGUGGCACACCUGUGACCCUAGCACUUGGCAGGCUAAUACAGGAGAGAGAGCUGAAGAAACCUGAGCUGCCAGGCAGGCUUGACAAACAAAACCCCAUAGGUGCGUAGCUAAGGCAUGUUCUGUUCUGCAGACUGAAAACUUUAAGAGGCCUUGUCAUGUGUGAUUAAAGUAUUUUUCUAACAUCC